AUGCCUAAAGACUGUAACGAUAUUUGUGAAGACGGACACACCAGUACAGGGGUGUAUGAUAUAUAUCCCUAUGGAACCAUUACCAGUCCUGUCCGUGUGUACUGUGACAUGGACACAAUGGGCGGGGGAUGGACGACAAUUCAGAAACGCUUAGACGGAUCCGUAAGCUUCAACAGGACCUGGACGGAAUAUAAAAAUGGUUUUGGAUCACCUGAACAGAAUGUCUGGGUUGGAAAUGACGUAAUCCAUCAAUUAACAAAAGAAAAUUCAUCAUCCCUUUAUGUUUCCAUCACUCUCCAGAAUGGUACAACACUUUAUGAAAUGUACGACGGAUUCUCUAUCUCCGACGAAGCAGGGAAAUAUCUACUCUUUUUUUCAGGACCUGCCACGGGAACCUCAGGAGACAGUAUGUUAGAAACUGAGUUUGCUUCCACUGAUCUGUCUGGGAUGUUCUUCACCACCCCAGACAGAGAUAACGACGGGUGGAAUGAAGAUCACUGUGCUGCUCACAUUAAGCGUAGAGGAGGCUGGUGGUUUAACGCCUGUUAUUGA